UCCUGCAUUUAUGAAGCCUCACAGUUAAGAGCAGUGGUCCAACAAUCUGCUAUGGCUCAUUAGGACAAUAAUCUGAUUUGAGGUUUGGAGUCAGUAAACCUAUACUGUAGAUUAGCACUUCUAUUCUGAUUUAAAGUGCGGGUAUUAAAGCAACAAUGUCUCCAAAAAUGUAUUUAAAUGAUGGUGUCAUGAGGAUUCAGAUAAGUGAUUUAGAAGGCAGAACCUGAUGUUUUUAUUCCAUUAUGUUUGUUCAGCUUAGGCCUAUCACAGUCACAGUUUUUUUUCUCAAUUUGUGAAUGACACUCUAAAUGUUUACUUCAUCUGUUCAGACAGGAACAAUGAAGGUAAGGGAGAGUGGGGUUGAAUGAAAUAUUUGCUUCACAUCUCCAUUCAUAUCUUCUCACUUAUGUGAGUUACUUAAGUUAAAUUAACUAUUAACUACUGAAAAAUACCCACAUCUCACUGUUACAAAACCAAAUAGAAAGACAUUUAUUUCAUCUUAAAGUCAGGAAAGAAAUUUAACACUUUAGCACAAGUGGAGUAAAAUGUUAAAAUUUUGGGGAAUGCAUAACCUGCAUUAAAAUCAUACAACCAGUAUUUCAAAUGCAAUACUUCCCUUAUCUUAUUAGCUGUGAGGGUGUGUGGCUGUAGGCAUUGUAAUGCAAAAUCAUAUUUAGUUUACAAAGAAGAAACAACUUCAGAAUCCUUAUUCACAACCAUUUGAAAGAAGAGUCUACACAGUUCAUCAAGGUUUGGAGUUCAAAGUAUCCCAUGUUUCAACUGUCCCCUUUCUUCCCUAUCAGACCAAUGUGUAACAGUCAUGUUCCCUUGAAGGAAACCCUGCUGCUUUGUUGUCACAAAGAAUAAUUACAAUAUAAUUGCAUGAUGUAGUGUAUGAAACCAUGCUGUGAGAGUAGCGCACCAGGCCCAGGACACACUUUUGAAAAUCAAACCAGGAUUGUGAAAACUUAUGGAAGAAUGAUUGCGAGCGAGAGAGCAUUUGUAUCCAAGGCAAAGGCUUUAGAUGUUAUGUGAAAACCAUUCUGUGUCAUGUGUUCACAUGGAAUACAUAUUACUUACAUAUGUAGGAUGAAAAAGUACAUCAAGGUCUGUCCUGUGGGACCACCAAACAACCUCUAACCUGCAGUCAGGGAAUAAGUUAAUGUAACUGUAGAUUUUCUUAAGUACAUGCCAGGGAAUUUUUCCAUGUGGACAUUUCUGCUUAUAGAAAACCAAGUGCACUUCGAUUUUACAGGGAUGAAGAUACAGUAAUAUCAUGACAUGUGCAUGAUUGUGAAUAAAUGCUUAUGAAUGCUUAUAAAUGUUAUUAGACUUUUUGUGGAUCUGACCUGCACAUUAAUCCAAAAAAGAAGAUCCUCUCUUAAUGAUAUGCUGUAGUUUAUAUUGUCAGAUUUCCAUCUUCCAACUCACAGUUGGUUAUUUAAUUAUAUACAUUAAACUUAUUGAUGAAUGCUGAGUUUAUGGACUUGUAAGCAAAUAGGUGCAGGCAAAGUAUUCAGUUUCAAAUUGGCUCCAGCCUGAACGCUCCGCCUGCUCUCACCGAGGAUAUUGACUUUCCCGCAAGUUAAAGUAUUUAAAUGUAGAGGGAGGCAGAUGCUGUAUGUGGACUGGAGGGAACCACAAGAAAUACACGUGUGGGAGGAAGGUGACGUUGGAGUUUUACUAUCUGUGCAUCUUAUAGAAAGACAGCUGUAGCAUCGUUAAUUUAACUGCACAGAAAACAAAUAAAGCCGCGUUGGCACUCGUGGAAUUCAUUCAACAUCUUUUUAUUUACUCACUCAUCUUUACGUAAUUUACUGUGCGCAUCUUACCGCCGAUGCGUAAAGAUCCGUGCGUAAAAAUCAAAAACACUGCCUCUAUUCUGUCACAAAAAGUCAAUGAGGAUUUAUUUCUACUUGAAACUUUAAUCAAGACCUCCAUUCCUGCGAAAGUGAUUGACACGAAGAGGAUUUGAUGGAGGGAUUUCGGUGACAGCAACACUUUCACCGGACUUUAAGUUUGGAUUCAGUCACCGCAGCGCUUUUAAAACUUCUAGACUUUUCAUUGUUAUCAGUGAAGUCGAGAUUGGAUCCUCUACCUGCGUGGGACACUGACAGUUUUUGGAUCUCUUAAUUGUCACGGCUAUAACCCUCUACAUGUAACAAGAGGGGGAUAAACCCGAGCUGAAAUCCGCAUCAGGAGGAACUUUAUUUCCGAGAGCUUCCAGCACCGAAUCAGUGGAGUAUUCAUGAAGCAAUAUUUGAACUAUUACAAGAUGAGGCUGAGAACAUCGAGGUUAGGUUAUCUGUUACUUCAGUUCACGGCGCUUUGCUUUUACGCACAGAACACUGUGCAGUCUCCCCCUAAUUUCAAGCACCAUGUCACCGAGCAGAGCCGGCUGUCGGACCGGAUGAGCCGCAGGUUGACCCGAACCUACCAGCUGUACAGCCGCACCAGCGGGAAACACGUCCAGGUCCUGGCCAACAAGAGGGUCAACGCCAACGGAGACGACGGAGCGGUGCACGCUAAACUGGAGGUGGAGACAGACUCUUUUGGGAGCCGUGUUCGUAUUAGAGGGGUGAAGACAGGAUACUACAUAUGUAUGAACAAGAGGGGGAAGCUGAUCGGCAAGCGGAAAGGACGAGGAAAAGACUGCAUCUUCACUGAGAUUGUUCUGGAAAAUAACUACACAGCGCUUCAGAACGCCAAAUACGAGGGCUGGUACAUGGCUUUCACACGCAAGGGCCGUCCGAGGAAGGCCUCCAAGACCAAGCAGCACCAGAGGGAGGCCCACUUCAUGAAGCGUCUACCCAGGGGUCACUUGCUGAGUGAGAGACGGCCGUUUGAUGUUCUUCCUCUCCCUGUCCCUGCUCAGCCUUUCAGCAAGCGGACUAAACAUUCCCAUCAACAGCGCUCAGGGGGCCGCUGAGGACUGAAACCACUGAGGGAGAACUGUGGAUAAACCACCACAGAAGAACCACUACAAGACAAAACAAGUGCUCUCAGCAAACUUAACUUUUACAGUCAAAAGCCCAUACACUUUUUGCCUCAUUUUGUGGACUUAUUAUGUAAUUUCUUUGUACUGGAUUGUAUGUAAACAUUGACUAUCUAAUCUGCUAGUUAUUUCCAAUUCAGACAGAAGACGUUAGGGAAGAUUUUUUCUUAUUAAAUCAGGGGGCAAUUAAAGUACAGAAAGAGCUCAACUACAUCGACAUGAACGAAAAGUUAGAAGUUAGCCGGCUCAGUGGUGAACAAUGUUUGAAAGAGAAGUGAGUACAAUGAAGCUAGACAUGGCAGCUAUCUGUGGAUAUUCUCGUGGUUACAGCAUCUGAGUCUCAGUUGACAUGCUAUCUUGCCUUUCGGAGUCCAUUUUGGAGAAUUUUUAACCCGUUUUUUUUUUUCUACAUAUAUAAAUAUAUUUUUACUGUAAAAAUGUAAAUUACGUCAAAUGAUGGAAAUAUUUAUUGUAGAGUGUAUAUUAAA